AGUUCACAUCAGCUUCUGAACUGAUUACCGGCGGCGGCGGUGGUGGUGCCGGUGGUGGCUGUGUGGCGGCACUCCGGCAAGCCUUAUAUAUAUAUACACAUAUUUAUCGAUCAAUGGCUCCCGUUGGAUUGCCUCCCGGUUUCAGAUUCCAUCCUACGGACGAAGAGCUAGUGAAUUAUUAUCUCAAGAGGAAAAUCCAUGGCCAUGAAAUCGAGCUCGACAUAAUUCCUGAAGUCGAUCUUUACAAAUGCGAGCCGUGGGACUUAGCAGAAAAAUCGUUCUUACCUAGUCGAGAUCCAGAAUGGUAUUUCUUCGGUCCAAGAGACCGCAAGUAUCCAAAUGGAUUCAGAACAAACCGAGCAACCCGAGCUGGAUAUUGGAAAUCUACAGGAAAAGAUCGAAGAGUGAGUAGCCAAAACCGGGCAAUCGGGAUGAAGAAAACCCUAGUGUACUAUAGAGGGAGAGCGCCUCAGGGCAUCCGGACUGAUUGGGUUAUGCAUGAAUAUCGACUCGAUGAAAAAGAAUGCGAAGACGCCUCCGGCAUUCAAGACUCGUACGCGCUAUGCCGUGUUUUCAAGAAAAACGGGUUGUGCUCCGAGGUCGAGGACCAGUUAGGACAACCUAGCAACAUGUCAUUGCUUGAGUAUACACAUGGAAUUACAAUGAUCGAUCACAAAACUUUGUCACCCGACUUUCUUUCCCCAUCGUCGUCCUCUGCCGCUGCUGCCGUCACGUGCAUCGAAGAAGAAGAUAAAGAGGACAAAGAUGAAUCAUGGAUGCAAUUUAUACAAGAUGAAGUGUGGUGUUCUUCCAAAACAACCUUUGGAGGAGAAGAGGUGUCUCAAGGGGCAUUCAUCAAUUACAAUGAUCCAUAACUAAUCAAACACAAUCAUUUAUUUCAAAUAAUAAAAAAGUUAGUA